CGCGAAUAAAAAUCGCUCGCCAUGCCGCUCGUCACGCUCUGCGGGCUGCCCGGCGCCGGCAAGACGUGGUUUGCGUCGCAGCUCCACGACCACUUUGUGAGCCUCGGCAAGGACGUCGUGCGCCUUAGCUACGACAGCGAGCACCUCAUUCGCGCCGACGCCUACCGCGAUGCUAGGGCAGAGAAGACGACGCGGAGUACGAUGAAGAGCCGCGUCGAUGUGCACUUGAGCGCAGACAAGAUUGUCAUUUUGGACACGCUCAACUACAUUAAGGGCUGUCGCUACGAGCUCUUUUGCCUUGCCAAGGAGCUCUCCACCACGCACUGCGUCGUGUACGUCGACACGCCGGUGGCCUUGGCCUCUGCUCGCAACGCGGAGCGUGCUGGCGACAGCUUCCCGCCCGAGUCCAUCGAGGCCAUUGCCAUGCGGUUUGAAGUGCCCAACGCCAAGAACCGGUGGGACGCGCCACUGCUGCGCAUGACGCCCGAAAGCCUCUGCGCGACCACAGUUGCCGAUCGCCUGCGUGACGUGGAGGAUGCGGUCUUGCACGGAAAGGUCAUCAAGGCCGGUAUCGCCACGAUCGCGAAGCCCAUCGUCGAGACCACGUUUGUACAGGAGCUCGAUCGAGUGACUGCUGCCAUUGUCGAUGUGCUCAUCGUCCACCAGCGCGAGUUCCAGGACCUUGUCGACGCACUCCGCGUCCCGCACGCGUCCAAACCGGUGCAGGUGGGCCGCGCAAUGCCAACGGCCGAGUUGCGUCGCCACCGGCGCCAAUUCACCAAGAUGGCGACGCUGCACCCGUUCCCGAGCGCCGACAUUGGCAACCGCUUCGUCGAGUACCUCCAAAGCCAGGCCUAACUCGAAAUGACUUUUGUUUUUGGCGGGAAGCUGAAUGCAUC